CACAAUAGCAAUAGAAGUAACAAAUAAUAUCACCCUUCCAUAACCAUCGCACACCCAAACCCUUCCAAUAUCGAUAACACCUUGAACCAAAACAUGAAAAUUUACCCCCAACCUCAUCAUUUCAAAGAGAAUUAGACUACAAUGAAAAGUGAUACCCCUUCACAGAUGUUACAAGUGGUAGAAUCAACCCUGGACAGAAAGAAUUUGGACAAAUCGCCUGAUUUAGCCCCCCCAGGUUUUGAAUCCUUAGAAUCGAAGGUUCUAAUAGAGCUUAUGGACAAAUUUGAGAAGGAAAAUAGAAGCAAUGAAGCUAUGAUUCUGGAAAACCGCAACGAGAUAAGGGAUGAGAUGCAGUGGCAGUGAUGGGACUUGCCCCUCCCUUGGUCAGAUCAUGGAGGGAAAACACUCUGUUCCAAGUAUGACCAAGCCUACUAAUAUCAUACAAAAUCAUGACUUCUCUGAAGGGCUAAGCUUUUGGCAUCCGAAUGGCUGCGACGGCUAUGUUGCUUCAACUGAACCAGGUCCUCAAGGAGGAGUGACAAUGACAUUAGGUGCUAAAUAUGCUGUUAUCACAAACAGAAAGGAAUGGUGGCAAGGUCUUGAGCAAGAUAUCACCGGAAAAGUCUCUGUCGCUUCCACUUAUGCUGUUUCGGCCAAUGUUGGAGUAGCUGCACUUUCUGAGGGAUCUGCUGAUGUUCUAGCUACCCUGAAACUAGAGUAUCAUGGUUCUGAUGCAAGCUACCUGUUCCUUGGGAGAACUUCUUGUACAAAGGGUAGCUGGGAAAAUCUGAAAGGGACAUUUUCAUUGUCAACUAUGCCUGAUCGAGUUACAUUUUAUUUGGAAGGACCUGCUCCUGGAGUUGACCUUCUUAUACAAUCAGUAGAGAUUACCUGCUCUAGUUCAAGUGAUAUUGAGGAUCAUGCAAAAACAACAGGAACUUUGUCAACUGAAGAUGAUAACAUCAUAAUAAACCCACAAUUUGAUGAUGGCCAGAAUAACUGGUCUGGAAGAGGCUGCAAGAUCGCAAUACAUGACUCACUGGGAAAUGGAAAAGUCCUUCCCAAGGUUGGAAAAUUCUUUGCAGCUGCAACAGAACUAUUUGGAGGCAAUGUCACUUCUUCUGAUGUCCGCGCAACUUUAUGGGUUCAGAAUCCGGAUUCUCGAGAGCAGUAUAUAGGAAUUGCCAAUGUGCAGGCAACAAAUCAAGAUUGGGUUCAAUUGCAGGGAAAGUUCCUUAUAAAUAAUUCCCCAUCAAAAGUGGUUGUUUAUUUAGAAGGUCCCCCAGCAGGCAUUGACAUUCUUGUCAAUACUAUUGUUAUAAAACAUGCUCCCAAGACAGCUCCAUCAACGCCACCAGAUUUUGAGGAUGCUCCUUUUGGGAUUAAUAUAAUUGAGAAUAGUAAUCUGGCUAAUGGCACCAAUGGAUGGUUUCCCCUUGGUAAUUGUACUCUGAGUGUUGGAACCGGUUCGCCACGUGUGCUUCCACCAAUGGCAAGAGACUCUCUUGGACCUCACGAGUCGUUGAGUGGCCGCUAUGUCCUUGUAACGAACCGCACCCAAACAUGGAUGGGGCCUGCUCAGAUGAUCACUGAGAAAUUGAAGCUGUUCUUAACAUACCAAGUGUCUGCUUGGGUGAGGAUUGGUUCAACAGGAUCAGUUGGUCCUCAGAAUGUGAAUGUUGCCCUUAGUGUUGACGAUCAGUGGGUGAAUGGAGGACAAGUUGAGGUUGCUGAUGACAGAUGGCAUGAAAUUGGUGGAUCAUUUAGAAUUGAGAAGCAACCAUCAAAGGUUAUGGUUUAUAUUCAAGGUCCUGCUUCUGGUGUUGAUUUGAUGAUUUCUGGACUUCAAAUCUUCCCUGUUGAUAGACAAGCAAGGUUUAGAUAUUUAAGGAGGCAGACAGACAAGGUUCGAAAGCGCGAUGUAAUCUUGAAAUUCUCUGGGCUGGAGGACAUAAGUGGUCUAGGAACUUUGGUUAAAGUGAGGCAAAUACAGAACGAUUUUCCAAUUGGAACAUGCAUCAACAGAACAAACAUUGACAAUGAAGACUUUGUUGACUUCUUUGUGAAGCAUUUUAACUGGGCUGUGUUUGGGAAUGAGUUGAAGUGGUAUUGGACAGAACCACAACAGGGGAAUAUCAACUACAAAGAUGCUGAUGAAAUGUUAGACUUAUGCCUCAAGAACAAGAUAGAAACCCGCGGCCACUGCAUCUUCUGGGAAGUAGAAGGCACAGUUCAGCAGUGGAUCAAAUCACUGAACAAAGACGAUUUGAUGAAAGCAGUCCAAAAUCGGUUAAGCAGCCUCUUGAAUCGGUACAAGGGCAAGUUCAGGCACUAUGAUGUUAACAAUGAAAUGCUGCAUGGUUCAUUUUAUCAAGACAGGCUUGGUAGAGACAUAAGAGCAAACAUGUUCAAGGCAGCACACCAAUUAGACCCAUCUGCUACUCUCUUUGUGAAUGAUUAUCACAUUGAAGAUGGAAACGACACAAGAUCAACACCAGAGAAAUACAUUCAACAGAUUCUUGAUUUGCAACAUCAAGGUGCACCAGUUGGUGGAAUUGGAAUUCAAGGACACAUAGAUAGUCCUGUGGGGCCUAUUGUUUGUUCUGCACUUGAUAAAUUAGGGACUCUUGGUUUACCAAUAUGGUUCACUGAGCUUGAUGUUUCUUCAAGAAAUGAGUAUGUUAGAGCUGAUGAUUUGGAAGUUAUGAUGAGGGAAGCCAUGGCACACCCUUCAGUAGAUGGCAUAAUGCUGUGGGGAUUCUGGGAAUUGUUUAUGAGCAGAGAGAAUUCACACUUGGUGAAUGCAGAAGGUGAUGUUAAUGAAGCUGGAAAAAGGUUACUUUGUCUUAAACAAGAGUGGUUGUCUCAUAGCCAUGGCUGUAUUGAUGAUCAAGGGAUAUUCAGCUUCAGAGGCUUCAGUGGAACAUACAAUGUUGAAGUUGUAACAUUAUCUAAGAUUGUUUCAAAGACAUUUGUUGUUGAUAAAGGUGACUCUCCUUUGGAGGUAGAGGUAUCCUUUAACUAGUAUUGUGCUGCUUUUAUUUGCGAAUUCCAUUCAUUUCUUUUAAAUAAAAUAUAAUUUUAUUACCAAAUAAUUUACUA